GGCACAGGCUCAACUGGUUCACAUUCAGCCCGGUUUUACCAUCAGUGCGCUCAAGCGUCCGACACAAAGGCUUGUUGUGUAACUGAAUGAGCGCUUUACUGAUGCCCUGUGUAAAUACGUAUUAGGGGUCAAUGGUAGGAGUUAUGUUCAUCAUUAAUACAUUCUUGCGCGGAUUGAGGCAGAGAGAGAGAGCUUAACAUAAUUACGUUCAUGCUUUUUCACGUGAAACGCUCCUUUAAAAGAAGGCUUCGUUUGAACACAUUGAGGCACAUCGCGCGCGCGAGCGGACUGUGAUUCUGCACACUUUGGUGUCAAAAUUGCGUUCAAAAUGGUAACGUAUCCAUUACCGGAGGGAUUCUCCGACUUCGAUGUGUUUUCCCUGGGAUCUUGCCUGCUCGUGGAGGGUCUCCUCGGGUUCUUCCUGAAUGCUGUCACCGUUGUUGCUUUUCUUAAAAUAAGAGAAUUACGGACCCCAAGUAAUUUUCUCGUGUUCAGUCUGGCCAUGGCAGAUAUGGGUAUUUCUAUGAACGCCACUGUCGCUGCCUUCUCAAGCUUUCUGAGAUACUGGCCUUAUGGAUCAGAUGGAUGUCAGACCCAUGGCUUCCAGGGCUUUAUGACUGCUCUUGCCAGCAUCCACUUUAUUGCAGCCAUUGCUUGGGACAGAUACCACCAGUACUGCACAAGGACAAAGCUGCAGUGGAGCAGCGCCAUCACCCUGGUUAUUUUCAUCUGGCUCUUCACUGCCUUCUGGUCCGCCAUGCCUCUGAUUGGCUGGGGAGAGUAUGACUAUGAGCCCCUGAGGACCUGCUGCACACUGGACUACAGCAAGGGGGAUAGGAACUACGUGUCUUACUUGAUCCCCAUGUCCAUCUUCAACAUGGGCAUUCAGGUGUUUGUCGUGCUGUCGUCUUAUCAGUCCAUUGAAAGGAAAUUCCAAAAGAGUGGGCAGGCUAAGUUCAACUGUAGCACUCCUCUGAAGACCAUGCUUUUUUGCUGGGGCCCGUAUGGUAUCCUGGCUUUCUAUGCUGCUGUGGAGAAUGCAACCCUCGUCUCUCCUAAACUGAGAAUGCUUGCACCCAUUUUGGCUAAGACAUCACCUACUUUCAACGUCUUUGUUUACGCCCUUGGAAACGAGAACUACAGGGGAGGGAUCUGGCAGUUGCUCACUGGUCAAAAGAUUGAGACUAUUGCCAUUGAGAACAAGUCCAAAUAAACAAGGCAUAUGACAAUAACAGUUAAUGUCCUGGUGGUUUCUAACAGGUAUAAAACAUGCUUGUUGGCUUUGUGUGCUUAUAUGUCAUCCUUUUGCUGUAUUUUUGUGGACUGUGUGGUCGUGAGUGUGGAGUCUGUUUGUGGUAUAUUUUGGUUUGUUAUAUUUGACAUAGAGGAUUUCAACAUGUAAUAAAAUUUCUCAACUGAUAUUUUGACAAAGCACAUAAGCUGCUCCUAAUGGAAAUCUUGCAGAACGGCGUUCAAUUUUAUCCGUAUCAUUACAAAGCACAUGUAAGAAGAGAAUGUGUGGCUGUCAUUCAAUAAGAGUUAAGCUGCUUCCAUAAAUGCAGUUCUGAAUGGAAACACAAUCAGGAAUAAUAUGUUUUGAGGUUGCUGGUGAACUGUUGAGAUUUAAAGAUUGUGUAUAGUACAAUUGCUGUUACGCUGUACAUCAAACAGCCUUUUUAAAAGUCAAGCAAACAAAAAUGUGGCACUAGAAAAAGAAUAAACAGAAAUGAAAUUAGUGAUCCCUUUAAGAGUUCAAUACUUUUACAAUUUCUAAAGUAUUUUAAUUUGAUGUUCAUGUUAACCAAAAUGCACAGUUUAGCACACAGAACAUAAAGUGUACUUUAUCCAUAAGGAAAUGACUUGAGAUAUGGUCUUCAUCCAGCUUAUGAGACAGAAUUAGGCGAGCAACAUUUUCUAAUCCUAGAAACAACGGUGCUUUUCAUGAAAACACAUUCCCCAGUGCACAAGAUUAGUCAAAAGAAAAAGAUUAUGCACGAGACUUACUGCAAUUGGAAAUGUUCUGACUAAAAAAAUAAAUAAUAAUAAUUCAUGCCAAAUCAUUUCUUUAUGAAGGUAUUCUGUACACUGUCAGAAAAAAUAUUUGCUCGGGCAACAUAAAAAUGCAUUUCACUAUUAAAUAUUAGUAUUACAAAUAUACUUACAGUUUCACUUUUUAUGCAUAACAGUAAUAUCAUUACUAUAGACUGAAUAUCACAAAAGAACAAGAUCUCAAAAACAUCGAAUCGUGACAGUACCCUCCCCCUCCCUGAAGGCGCGUCCUCGUGCAUUCAAAGGGGUGGGGGGGUGGGAGGGUGGGCGCCCAGGAGGCUGAUGUGGGCAUGGUGACGCAGGAACGUGAAGCCUCCAGGGUGGAGCUGGUAGCUCGAGGAACUGGGGUGGAACGGGCUGUGGACAUGGCCAUGGCGGAGCAGGCUGUGGGCGUGACCAGGGUGGAGCAGGAUGUGGGUGUGGCGGAGCAGGCUGUGGGCGUGACCAGGGUGGAGCAAGACGUGGACGUGGCGGAGCAGGCUGAGAGCGUGGCCAGGGCGGAGCAGGAUGUGGACGUGGCGGAGCAGGCUGAGGGCUAUAGUUGAUUUAUUUUACAACUCAACUCACAGGAAAAAAGGAAAACUUUCCAGGACUUAUAGUUAAUUAAUUGAACACAGGUGACAGGAAUUGCUAAUUAAACAAAGCGGGGAAACACCAACAGGACUAAACCAAAAUCACAAAAGACAGGGUGAAACAAGAUCUCAAAAACUGCUCAAACACAUCGAAUCGUGACAGUUAGUAAACAGACGUAAACAGAAUAUGUAUAAAUGAUAUUUCAAAAAUGCCUGGACAAUAUAACAACUUUUAAGGAUACAAAUGAAAGAUAUACUGUACUUUUUUCUGUACCACAAUGAUUGUGUUAGUGACACGCUUAAUAACAAAUGGUUGAUAAAUGUUUACCCCAACGGAAUAUCUCUGCAGUGGUUCAUGUGUCACUUGUCAUGUUAGAGAUGUGUCUUUUCAGAUGUGUCUUUGAAAACUCUUGUGUCAACUUUAAGCUUGCCUUCCUCAACAAGUGCAUUUUUAAAUAACCCAUAAAUAAUGUUGUCAUGUUCAGUAGAUGUCUUGACAUCAACAACUGAUUUGUAUAUCUUGGCCAAGAUGCACAACAGUGAAAUAAACAUUGCUGUCUA